AUGCGACAUGAGAACUGUUGGCAACCAGUGCAAAGUACUAACACCCAAUCUGCAACUAAACAUUGUUAUUUAUCUAUCUUAGAAAAGAGAAAGGAAGAAUCCAUGCGGAUUCGUUCGAAAUUCCAAGAUCGAAUUCCAGUGAUCUGUGAACGGGUUGAAGAUAGUGACAUUCCUAACAUUGAUAAGAGGAAGUACCUUGUUCCCUCCGAUUUGACAGUUGGUCAAUUUGUUUAUGUUAUAAGACGCAGAAUCCAUUUACCCUCAGAGAAGGCCAUCUUCAUAUUCGUCAAGGAUAUUUUACCGCCUACAACUGCAUUGAUGAGUACAAUCUAUGAUCAGUAUAAAGACGAGGACGGGUUUCUUUAUAUUGUUUACAGUGGGGAAAAUACCUUUGGCGAAUUAUGCCAAGUAUAG